CAACACUCUGAAAACUGCAUUAUUAUUGUUUUCCUCGAUGGGUAAAAUCAGCAGCAGACUGGUGAUAAAUAACAGCGUGAACGCGGUGCUUGGGUGAGGAUUUCACAUUUCGCUUCUAUUUCCGCACUCGGUUCCUUCUUCCAGCCAUUUGCGGAUCACUCUGGCUAAAUCCAGCCACAAACGCGGAGCUGAAACACGGUUAUCUGCCUCAUCUGGCCCCUUAAACGCGAACAAAGUGGGUCGUCUGGUUGAAAAAUCCGAGCGUGCAUCGAGCUGAGUGUUCGCUCGCCUGCGCUCCGUCUGUGCGUCUGCAUGAAGCUGCAGCACCCAGAAGUGAACAAAGCGACCCGGAAGCGGUGGUCCGACUGGAGGCAGAAAGAACAUCAACCUUUUAUAUUAUAGCUGUUCUCGCAAGACAAUAUCUGCAAGCAGGACACCAGGAUGGCAGAGCCUCGAUUUAACAACCCGUACUUUUGGCCGCCGCCCCCCUCCAUGCCAGGCCAGCUGGAUAACCUGGUCCUCAUUAACAAGAUCAAGGAGCAACUGAUGGCUGAGAAGAUUCGACCCCUGCACCUGCCGCCUACCUCCACCCCCUCUCAGCAGCCUCUGCUGGUGCCCACCUCCAACCCGGACGGCGGCGCUCAGCACGGCAUGCCGGUGCCGAAGCCUCAGCCUCAGCAGGUGCCGGGUCACCACCCACAGCCCCAGGGCUCCGGACAGCCCGACAUCGCUCUGCACGCCCGGCCCGCCUCCAGUUCUGGACCAGAUGGAAACAUGGACGACAAGUCAGCAGUGAAGGCCAAAGGAUUAUGGGAAGACUGGCACAUGAGACAGCUGGGUGAGCAGCCAGGCCGGGUCAACCAUCGCUCAGGUCUGGCUCCCUCAUCUCGGCCCGACAGCCACAGCACCUCAGAGGCUCUGACCCCCACGACUCCCACCUCCAGCAGCCAGAACCGGCUGGGCGGCGCCCCCUCGGUCAACAUCAUCUCGGGGCUGGCCAGCGGCCCCGGCAUGGACCACAUGAAGGCUGGAGGCCUGGCAGGACUGCUGGGCCCCCCACCGAAGGCACCUCGGGGCAGAAAGAAGAUCAAAGCUGAAAACACGUCUGGUCCCCUGCUGGUGGUGCCCUACCCCAUCCUGGCAGACCAAGGCUGCGUCACUGUUGCACCCAAAGAGGGCAAAACCUACAGAUGCAAAGUGUGCCCGCUCACCUUCCUAACCAAGUCAGAGAUGCAGAUCCAUUCCAAGUCCCACACAGAGGCCAAACCACACAAGUGUCCCCACUGCUCCAAGACGUUCGCCAACGCCUCCUACCUGUCCCAGCACCUGCGCAUCCACCUGGGCAUCAAACCCUACCACUGCUCCUACUGCGAGAACUCCUUUCGGCAGCUGUCACACCUGCAGCAGCACACCAGAAUCCACACUGGCGAUAGGCCUUAUAAAUGUGCUCACCCUGGAUGUGAAAAGGCUUUUACCCAGCUGUCGAACCUCCAGUCUCACCAGAGGCAGCACAAUAAAGACAAGCCGUAUAAAUGUCCUAACUGCUACCGUGCCUACUCAGACUCUGCAUCAUUGCAGAUCCACUUGUCAGCGCAUGCCAUCAAAAACGCUAAGGCCUACUGCUGUAGCAUGUGUGGCCGGGCAUACACCUCCGAGACCUACCUUAUGAAGCACAUGUCCAAACACACGGUGGUGGAGCACCUAGUGAGCCACCAGUCGCCCCAGAGGACCGAGUCCCCCAACAUCCCCAUACGCAUCUCCCUCAUCUGAGCCUCCUGGACGCUCGGCGGCGGAAGUUCAGAGUGUGCGUUCGGCUGGAGCUUGUGAGGCCCUGCACCCACGGCCAUCUACAUAAGGCUUACAUUAGCAUUAUGACAGCUGACAUGAGCAUUCAGUGUUAGAUUCAGUAAAUCAGACUGCCUCCAUCCGUCUCGACACGGGCCGUCUGUCAAAAAUGAGCACAGCGUUAUUUCUUUUUGUGAAUGUAACAACACAGCUAGAUGUUGUCCAGGGGGAUCGAGCGGCAAAGAAUGUCUUGCGUCAGAUUUGAUAAGCACUUUCGUAAGCGUCAUGUAAACCGCCGGAUGCAUUGGCCGUUAGAAAUGUUUUAGCUAAUUUUUUUUCCUUUUCCUCUUCCAUGAAAUGGGUUUCCAAAAUGUGCCAGAUGAUGUUUGCCCUUAUAAAGAAAUGAGAAAGUGAAAAAAAAAAAAAAGAAACAUGUUUGCUGGGUGUAUUCUGGAGACAUCCAAAGAUAAUCUUAAAGCACUUUUAGGCCUUGUGGUUUUGGCUCAAAUUGUUUCAAUCUUGAUGGACGGAAAAUGCCAAAGGGCAUUACUUGUGGCAGCUAAGAGCACUGACUGCGUACAAAUAACAGUCUUUUCUGUUACUUUCUUUGUUUUUACUCACGUUUUUGUGCAAGUACAGGGUCAUCUAAAUUUGAAGUGAGGCAAUCGGUAGAUGACAAUUAAAAAAAUAUGAUUGUAUGAGGAACUUUUAUUAUUGUAUCGAGGAGGCUAAAAACAGAGCUACAUGGAAGGGAAGAAAGAUGAAUGUUUGUUUUUUUUUUUUUAAUAUCCAAAACCUUUCACGCCAUAUUUGAUGUUCACCUUUUCGCGGCACCUUUACGAUCGCAGAAACACUGCUCGUCUUCACUUCUUCUCUCGUCCCGGUAGUUAGUGCCAUAUACGAGGAGGUUUAAAGAAAAGGCAAAAUCUCGUAAUAGUGUGCGUCUGCUUUCACUAUUUCAGUUCAGCGUUUACUGUUAUUUUCUAAGGAUUAGAAGUAUAUUGCACAUGUAUCAGUGCCAGCUCUACUCCACUCUACUCUCUUUUUAAAGACACUUGAGCUGAAAUUAAAUUUUACUUGAGUGGUAAAUUUUAAACCUAACCAUCGGACCAAAAUGUGAAGUUAUUGUACAGCUAUUCUAACCCAGUUAAGAUUUUUUUUUAAUCUUUAAUAAGCUUUACCCAUUUGGAAUAAACUGCAGUAUGAGUCAUAUUCAGUAGGCCUAUAUUCUGAGUUUAUGCAGAGGUGAAUCUUUUCCGUUUUUCCUCCUUUAGUAUUCCUUUUAUUGUACACAGUAUUGUUUGUUGUAUUUUUACUGUAACCUCUGAAUGGUACUAAUAGCGUACCCUGUAUUCUUCAGGGCACUUCAGAAAAGGUGCUACGGCUCGACGUUACGUUUGAGAUGGAACUGAGAAUAAUGUAAAAUACAUAUACAGUAUAUAGUAUGUUUUCAAAAGAAUUAAAAACUUAUUACUCAAGCCACUGGCCUGAAAACAGACAUUUACGCCAACAACAGACCCUGCCUCUUCAACUUACUCUCUCUCUUUUGAGACAAUGGGAAAAUGUACAUGUUGCUAUACUGUAAAACAUGUUACUCAUUUAUAGUACCUAUUUUUAAGUUUUCAUAAACACGUUCUGUUUGGGUUUUGUAAGAGUUUAUGUAUGGACUUACUGUAAUUAUUUUAGUCGACCUGUAUGUUAUUAAUAUUCAUGUUUUAUAUCAGUUAUUUACAUGUAAGCCUUAACUGUUUUAUCAUCCCAUUUCCAUUACUCUGUAUUGUGUUCUGCAGUAUUCAGUCGUGUAAACAUUUUUAUUUUUUUUCCUUCCGCAUGGAGUUCCUGAGCUGUAAUCUGUAUAACUGUUUAACCCAUGUUCUCUAUGAAAAGAUAUUGCGUAGAUUUAUUACACUUUUUCCUGUCUUGCAUUGUGGUUUCAUAUACAGUUUCUAGACAACUAAAUAUGCACAGCCAAGACUGAGAAGAUGAACUAAGGUUAUCGAUGUUUAAAAAAGGAAAAAAAAGCUUUGUAUCUUUACCUUGUUUAAUAAACAGACUGUUAUAAAUUAA